CUGAUUUUAAUUCAUGCCAUCUCAAGGACAAGCGGCGCUAAAACUGGCCCUCGCUUUUCCAAAAUACAGAUAAAAAUUAUGUAUUCUAAGAAACAAUGAGUGAAUUUAAAUUACAUCAUUUGAUCGUGCAACUGAUUGAUUUAUUAGGCUCGGAGUCUGCUCCUGAGGAACAUUUAGAAAAGCUACAGAAAGAAUGCAUAACAGCAAAUGCAUUAAACACUGUUGCUCCUCACAGUUGCAUUCAGCAUCUAACAAAAAUUUCACUCCAACCAGAGUUAUUUGUACAAAAAUAUGACGAGCUAAAGUCCAAAAAAGUAGAUCUGUUAGGCCUGUUUGUACAGACUUUGGAGUUAAUAUCUCAAGAUGAAGAAUUGAAAAGAUAUCUAUCAAAAUCUGCACCAAGAUCAACAGCUUCCUUAAAAGAUCCAACCAUUACACAAGAAGAUUUGCCAAAGAUUUGCAAAACUGUAAUCAAAGCUGCUGUGGAAGGAGGAAAGAAAUUAAACCAGCAAGUAUGUACAGUCAAUUGGAAAAAUGACAGUGUUGUAGCAAAAUAUAAUUGGGUGGCAGAACGUCCACGUAUCACAUGGGAUUUUCAUAGUGAUGCUGCUGUAACACUUUAUCAAAAGGUUGUACCAAUUAUAUCUCAGGAGUCUAUACUUCUAUGGGAUAUUUUAUAUUGCUUGAAAGGAAUAGAUGGAUCAUACAUAAUUUCAGAACCUUUAACAAGUCCUUAUGGUGUCAAAACUUUUAGUAUAUCACCCGAUGUUGGUAUAUCGUUUAAGCAGUUAGCACAACAGAUAUUACCUUUAGCAUCCUAUUACUCCAUGACAGUGAGAUUUGUUGAAGAGAAAGUCUCACCAGAUGACGGACAAGUCAAUCAUGCUUUGAGAGGAGCUAUUCGAUCUUUGUUAAAAGAUUAUUUGCUUUUUGUUGUGCAACUUGAGACAGAACACAUUCAUGGUAAAUUAAGCUUGCAAAAACUAUGGUUUUACAUUCAACCUACUAUGCUUACGAUGUCUAUACUUUCUCAGAUUACAUCAACAAUAUGUAAGGCAAAUGCCAGAGGAGGAAAAGUAUUGAGCCUUCUUCAUGAACAAACAUUAAACAGUAUCAGUGGUGAAGCAAAGUCUAAAGAACUAUGUUUAUACUUGAUGCAAGCAGCGAGCAUGCCAUAUAUGCAAAUAUUAGAAAAGUGGGUUUACAAAGGAGUGAUAUGUGAUCCAUAUCAAGAAUUUUUUGUAGAGGAUAAUGACUUGGUUCAUAAGGAAGAGCUUCCCGUGGAUUAUUCUGCGGAUUACUGGGAGAAAAGAUAUACCAUGCGACCAGAAAGGAUACCUGUAUUUCUAAGUGAACAUGCACAAACCAUACUUAGAACUGGAAAAUAUUUUAAUGUGAUCAGGCAAUGUGGUAAAACAGUACAAUGGGGAAAACAAGAACCCUUAAGCUAUCAAUAUCAAGGGCAGAAAUAUAUAGCUGCCAUUGAUAGGGCAUAUUCAGAAGCUGCCAGGAAAUUAUUAGAAGUACUCAUGAAAGAGAACGAUUUAAUGGGUAGGCUACGCAGUGUGAAAAGUUACUUUCUUCUUGCUCAAGGAGAUUUUGUGGUUCAAUUUAUGAACUUGUGUGAAACUGAAUUAAACAAAAGUAUGUAUGAUAUCGUUCUGCAUCGUUUAGCAUCUCUUCUCGAGGUUGCUUUGCGAAUGUCAACUGCAGAUUCAGAUCCUUAUAAAGACGAUUUGAAACCGGAAUUACUUCCAUAUGAUCUACAGUAUCAAAUGUUUAGAAUACUCUCCAUUCAAACCAGAGAUGAGAAAGAAUAUUGUUUUCAAGCAGGUAAAAUUUUGACUGGUUUGGAAGCGUUCGUUUUCAAUUAUGAUGUUAAAUGGCCAGUUUCCCUGAUUAUUAAUAGGAAGGCCAUAGCUUGUUAUCAAAUGUUGUUUAGACAUCUAUUUUAUUGUAAAUAUGUUGAAAGACUAUUGUGCAGAGUAUGGAUUAGCAAUAAAAUAGCAAAGACUUUCACGCACGAGGUGGCCAUAGCUUACAGACAGGCAUUUUCAUUACGGCAAAGAAUGCUUGAUUGUAUUCAGCACUUAGAGUAUUACAUGAUGGUGGAAGUCGUAGAACCAAACUGGUUGAAAUUUAUAAAUAAGAUGAACAAGGUCAGUAAUGUCGACGACGUAUUGAAUGUACAUCAGGAUUUACAAGACAGUUAUCUGAAGGAAUGUAUGUUAACGGAUCCCGAUCUUCUCGGUUGCAUCACCGGUAUUUGUGCAAUCUGCGUAGAAUUCUGCAAUUUUAUGCAGAUCGAGAAUGUUUCUACUGCGAAAGAUGGAACAGGGAGUUUUGAGGAAACAAUUGCAUCACUAGAUGAAAGAUUCACUAAAGUAUUGACAUGCCUUUUAGACCGAAUCUGCGAUUUGGGUUGUGAAAACAACAAUGAAAAACUACAUAAUGUGUUAUGUCGGCUUGACUUCAACAUGUUUUAUACCGACAUCCUGGUACGUCGGAGAAGAGAGAAAACUGUCGCACAGCAGGAUGUAUCCGGUUAAUAAACAUAAUUUCGUCCACGAUUUAUUCGAAAACACGUAAAGAUCUACGACAAUAAUUUAAUAUUAAAUUUUGAAAAAAAUUUUGUUUAUUUUCCAACGUGCUUAUUUACACAUAUAUAUGCGCCCACACGUGCACAGAAUGGAUGAUAUAAAUUUUCACAGAAAGCUACAAUGUAUCUUUUUAUCAGAGUUAUAUUUAAAAAUGAUAAAAUGAUAAUCAUCUUAUAAAUAUUGC